AUGUCUAUGAGUGAUAUCCAACAACGUCCUCAAAUACCAACUACUACUACAGCAGCAGUAGCUGCUGCUGCAUCUACCAAUGUUAAUACUGGUGCAGCUACUACUAGCACUGCUACCACUGGGAAUACUCCUACUACUACCCCUACUUCACCAAUUGAAAACAUUUCAAAAGUACCAGUUAAACCAUCAGUAGAUGUACCAGUGAAACCUAAACUUGAACAACAACAACAACAGCAGUCUGAACAAUCAUCAAAACCACCACCACCACCACCAGAGCAACAACAGCAGCAUCAAUUACCCACACCCCCAAUAAAACCACCUAAGACAGGUACAACCUCCAGUUCCAGUUCCACUACUACUUCAUCUGCUACUUCAAGUAAAAUCUCCAUGUCUGGACCAGUUUGUGGGAAUUGUCAAACUCAAACUACUCCCUUAUGGCGAAGAGAUGAAACGGGUCAAGUGUUAUGUAAUGCCUGUGGAUUAUUUUUGAAAUUACACGGACGUCCAAGACCAAUUAGUUUGAAAACCGACACAAUUAAAUCAAGAAAUAGAGUCAAACAAAAUGGAAGCAAUUCUCAAUCAAGUAAAUCUUCUGGAGCUAAUACCCCUGAAUUGAAAUCAAAAGAAGGCAAAUCAGGCAAAAAAUCACCAAAACUGAAAAAGAAAUCACUUGGUAAUGGCAAUGGUAAUGGUAAUAGUUCUCAUGAUCAUAAUACUUUAACACCAUUAUUACCAGCAACUAGUAAUAAUACUCCUACUUUUAAAAGUACCACAAGUCAAUCACAACAUCAACAAAACCAAAACCACCACCACCAACAUCAUAAUCAUCAUCAUCAUUUACCUAAUCAUGUAUUACAAACUCAUCAAGUACCAUUACAUUAUCCUUCUUCUACUCCUACUCAAUUUGCUCCAGGUUUACAAAGAAUCACCUCUCCUUUGUUAUUAUCUACCACUUCAUCUUCUUCAUCAAUAAGAACUGAACCAAACAACAACAAUACUAGUAAACUAACUCCAAUUCAAGCAGCUGCAGGAGCAUUAGAAAAUAUGUCAAAUGAAUUAGGUCCUAGUGCUACUUUCAAAAAAGGUAAUAAUAUCAAUGGAAUAUCAUUAAUGAAUAAGACUAAAAAAGAUGUUUCUUCAAUUAAUGGCUCCUCAACGUCAUUGUCAUCGUCAUCAGCCUCAUCAUCAAUAUUUUCCAGUGUUGCUCCAUCAACAUCAUCUUCUUCAUCUUUAUCUAAUGGUACAACAAUUAAUAAUCCAGCACCUAAAUUACCUACUUUAGGUUCCAAAAUUUCAUCACCUUCAUCUCAACCAUUUACCAGAUCUACUACUCCAUUACAAACAUUACCUCCAUUACAUAAAAUAGCGUCACAUGAAUCUUCAUUACCUCCAUUACAUAAUAUCUCGACCUACAACAAUAACAACAGUGGUGGUGGUGCUGAUGGUGGCCAACAAUCUAUGGCUAAUUAUUCCCAAACUAAUCGUUCACCAAUCAAUGGUAACCAAGACAACAACAACAACAACAACAACAACAAUAACAACAACAAUAACGGGAACAAUAAUGGUAACAACAACAGCAAUAAUAAUGGAAAUAAUUUUACUGCUUCUGCUCAUGAAGUAACAUUAUUGAAAACAAGAAUUUCCGAAUUAGAAUUAGUUAAUGAUUUAUAUCGUACCAGAAUUAUGGAAUUAGAAGCAAUGGAACAAGCAGCUAGAUUAAGAGAAAAUUCUAUGAAGAAAAGAUUAGAUGAAGUAAUGAAUUUACAAAUUAAUUAUCAAAAUUUACUUAAUAAUAAUGGUGGGAUGUCAUCGCAAACUCAACCCCAACCAUCACAACAACCACAACAAGCUGGUCAAUAUUAUAGUAACAACAACAACAAUAAUAAUAAUGAUCAAGGAUCACAAUCGAUUAGUCCAAAUGUAAGUAUUACUGGAUCAACAACAAUUACAUCACCUAAUUCAAGAAGUAAAAUAAUAUCAGAAACUACUCCAACCCAUCAUCAGCAACAACAAGGAGGAGUUGGUGCAGGAGAUAAUGAAUCAAUUAUAUUACCACCUUUAAAAAGAAAUCGAACUGAUGAAUUAACAGAUGCCAAUGGUAAUGGUAAUGGUAAUGAUAAUAAAAAAGUGAAAAUAUAA